GCCUGCCUCGGAAGCAGAAGGACGUAGCUUCUUUACUAGAAGAAAACAACAAUAAAAGGCUCUGCCAGAGCGCCCAUCAUUCCAACCUCCACCAUGCAGCGCACUCCGCAUUCAUCCAGUGUGCCACGCAAGUCGGCGACUGUACCCAUGCGCCCAUCACCCAGCUCCGCCAACGGAAGCUCUGGCCAGCACAAGCCGGGGCGUCCACACCACAUCAGCCCCCUACCCGGGCAGAUCGCCACGAGCACGGCUGCGACGUCCUCCGCGCUGGUGCUCAUGAAUGCGGCCGCCACGAUGCCCAACACGACGGCUUCCGCGGCGGCGUCCAGCAGUCGCGCGAAUCCUUCGCUGAUCAGCCCGGCCCAAAAGGCGAAUCUGCAAGCCCCCGCGUUUGGCUUCCGUGCGCAGCAGGGCCGCCCCAUCGCCGGCGGAGCCACCGCGACCGCCACCACCAAGGCUGAGAAGGGGGCCGGCGGCAACGCCUCCACCUCAGCAGCGAUGCGCAUCGCCAAGAAGGGCGCCCUCCACACCAAAGGCGCCGACGACGCCGUCAACCCCGUCGUGGCGGCCGGGCCGGAGCGGGACUCCGUCGCCUUCCGCCUCUGUUGCGAGGCGCUCUCGGAGGGCUGCGUGCAGACGUACAUGCACCUCUUCCAGCUCGCCCACCGCGAUCCGGUCUGCGUGGACACACUCGCGCACACGUACUUCAGCGUUCCGGAUGAUCGUCUGGCCUGGGUGCAGCAGCAGCUGUCUGCCGUGGAGGUGCUGCGCCGGCAGAGCGAGUUUGCGCAGGUGCUGGCCCUCUGCAAGCAGCUCGCGGACUACUUCGAAGGCGAGCGCGACUACGCGGAGGCGACGUGGUUUUAUGAGACGGCCCUGCAGUACACCAUGGAGUCGCUCGACCGGGCGCUGGAGCACGAGGCCCGGCAGGCGUACGCGGGUUAUGAGGAGCGUCGCGGCAACCUGGAGGCGGCCGCCGUGCUCUACGAAGCGAUGUACCGGCAGUCGCUGGCUCUUCGCGAUGCGGCCGGGGUGCGGACCGCCAGCCAAUGCCUUGUGCGCAUCUACCAAGCCUUGGGCAACGCCAAGAAGAACAGCGACCCGGUAGCGGCGGCGGCGUUCUUCGGUAAGGUGCGGUUGGCCGCCGAGCGGGAGAAGAACGCGGUGGACGAGUGCGCGGCGUACUCAGCCUUAGGCGACGUGAGUGAAGCGCGCGGGGACUUCCCACGUGCGUUGGCGUACAGCCGCAGCUACCGCGCCGUGGCCCAGCGCGAGGAGUUGAAGCCGCAGGAGUGCCGAGCCACGUUGCGUGUCGCCGAUUUAGAGGAGCGAUUGGGCCUCAAGUUAGAAGCCUCCGUCACCCUUCAAGAAGCGCUGGUGCUGGCGAAAGAACUGGGGGAGCCACGGCAGCUGUGUCAUGCCACGCUGCAGCUCGGGGAAGCGUACCGCGCCCGCGGCCUGGACGCAGAGGCGCUGCAGUGCUUCGAUGAGAGCUUUGCAGCAGCAGUGGAAACGGGGUUGCAAGAGCUGAUCGAUAAGGUGCGCAUCGCGAUGGGUUUUGCACGCGGCGAUCACUCGCUGGCCCACGCGUAUCAUGGGGAGGGGUAUCUGAAGCUGGUUUGCACCGACAUUCGCGCACAACUGGCGUGGAUGAGUGGUGGUACCCUCUAA